UUCGGCGUAUUUAGAAACCCGCAGCGGAGGAUAUUUCGUAUAGUGAUAUGUGAACGUUUCGGGUGAUUAUGAAGCAGCAUAAGCACGAAGCAACCUUUUCGGGGUUGCUUCUGCUCUUACUGCUUUUCCUCCGUUAUGUUUACACCGCUGGACAUAUGGGUAAUGAAGAUGGAAAGUUCGGAGACAAGUGCAACUCGACAAGUGAAUGCGGCUUUGCGGGAUCUGUAUGUAACCAAGACUCUAAAACUUGUCUAUGCAGACCUGAGUUCACUGCAACCAAUCAUCUCAACAAAUGUGGAUUCCUUGCUAAAAUAAACGAAAGUUGCUUCUUCAACGAACAAUGCGAAAAUCUCAACCACUUAACGGAGUGUCGUAACAAUGUAUGUUCCUGUCGCUAUCAAAAGGUACCCGUUCUAAAGGACGAUGGGGACAUCGAAUGCACAGAUGUUAAGACAACGUACACGCCUGAAAGAUAUGUGGAUCCAGCUAUGAUUGGAAUAUUAGUGGCAAUGUUCCUGAUGUUUAUAACUAUAUGUGUUGUACUUCGCCUAUUUAGCAAGGCCAGAUGGAGAGAAAACAGAACAAUCUUUAAUACGCCUAACCCGAGGUUAAUGAAUGCCUCUUUACUGAGAGACAGCAAACUUGCCCAUCAUGAUAGAAGAGGAUCUAAAACGUCUAAAGCUAGUGGAGACGCUAGCAGGCCAGCAAGUAUGACUUCUCUACAGUUACAGUCUCCCAAUAGCCAUGGGAGAACUGAAUCUAGACUUAGUGAUAACGUAGACGAAGCACCCGCAAAAACUGAAAGCAAUACAAAUGUCGCCGUCGAAAUUCAAGUUCAAAAAGCUUGAGUAAUGAAUCUUUUAAUCUUUCCGAAGUGGUGUUUGGGACCACACGUACAAAAUAAGCCAAUCAUCACGAAUAAACUAUACUAUAAAUAUAUACAAGAAUUUAGGCGCUUAGGCGAUAAAUCAAAAACCUUUGUUUAUCAAAAAGUAGCUUCUUCAUCAUACAUAGGCACAAUUUUGAAUUUACUUCACAUUACCACUUUCCAGAAUUAGCGUGUAUUUAUACAAAAACUGGUGGUAGGCAAAAUAGUGGGAAAAUUUUGUGAUACUACCAAUCUGAGCUGUGAUUUGAUGUUCUUAGCUUAUCUGAAUAGCGAGCGGUGGCAAAGUAAUGGGAAAACUUUUUCACCGUUUCAUUUUUAGGACCAUUAAUUACUCGGCCGAUUUGCUCACACUAACUCGUCUUCUACUAUUUAUACACCUCGUUGGGAGUUAUUAAUGAAACUACGCUUGCUUUUUGUAUAUACCUAAAUUUAUAUUUAUUGAGGUAGCUUAUACUCUUUUUACUAUAAUGUAGUAUUAUUCAAAGGUUGUCACUCAAUAAAUAUUAGUAAAGA